CCGGCCGAGCCGUCCGCGGCGGGAGCGGCGGGAGAGCGCGCCGUGGAGCCGCUCCGAGCGCCCGGGCCCCUCGCGCCGCCGCCCCGGAGCCCCCGCCGCGCGCCCAGGCUGCCCGCGCCGUCCGUGCGCCCCGCGCUCCGCGCCUCCGAGUCUCGGCCGUCCAGGGCACCCGCAGCCCCAGCCCGCGCCCGCCCGGGAUGGCCGCGGCGCGCGGCUGAGCGAGCCCGGGGGGGGCCCCAUGGGCCGGCCCGCGCCGCGCACCCCCCGCGGCCGCCUCCUCCGGCCCGAGCCCCCCCGGGCGCCGCGGGCCCAGGCCGCCCGGAUGGCGGGCGCGGCGGCAGGGGCAGGGGCUGGGGCCGGCGCGGGCGGCAGGCGCGGCCGCCACUGACGGGUAGUCGGGCGCCCUGAGCAGGUGGUGGCUUCCUGUGCCGUCCUCCAGGGGGCUCCUGGGAGAUCCGUGCCUCCGGAGCGCCUGCUGGGCCCCGCGCCAGCUGCUCGGCGUGCCAGGCCUCAUUAGGCUGAUCCUGUCAUCCCGCCGGGGAGCCCUUCCUGCCAGCCGCAGAUGCUGUGAGGCCAGCGGGCCUGGCCAGUGUGGUCAAUGUGGGAAUUUACGGGCCAACCGCAGAAGACUGCCCAGGAGGUCUGAGAAGCCGGCGGCCGGCACACAAAGGCGCUCCCAGAUGCCUGCCGUGUGGGGUGCAGGAAGAGAAGGCUCCAGGUGCUGGGGCCGAGGCCGAGGAUGCAGCGCUGGAAGGCGGCGGCCUUGGCCUCGGUGUUCUGCAGCUCCGUGCUAUCCAUCUGGAUGUGUCGGGAAGGCCUGCUGCUCAGCCACCGCCUGGGACCGGCGCUGGCCCCGCUGCGCCGCCCGCCUCGCACCCUGGACGCCCGGAUCGCCCGCCUGGCCCAGUACCGUGCGCUGCUGCAGGGCGCCCCGGACGCGGUGGAGCUGCGUGAGCUGACGCCCUGGGCCGGCCGGGACACGGGUCCGCGCCGUCGGGCAGGGCCCCGGCGGCGACGCGCGCGUGCGCGGUCGGGAACGCGGCCGUGCGGGUUGCGCGAGCUCGAGGUGCGUGUGAGCGAGCUGGGCCUGGGCUACGCGUCAGACGAGACGGUGCUGUUCCGCUACUGCGCAGGCGCUUGCGAGGCGGCCGCGCGCGUCUACGACCUGGGGCUGCGGCGCCUGCGCCAGCGGCGGCGCGUGCGGAGAGAGCGGGUGCGCGCGCAGCCCUGCUGCCGUCCGACGGCCUAUGAAGACGAGGUGUCCUUCCUGGACGUGCACAGCCGCUACCACACGGUGCGCGAGUUGUCUGCGCGCGAGUGCGCCUGCGUGUGACCCUACCUCACCUGACCGGCGAGACCGCGGCCGCACCCCCUGCCCCGACGGCACCCACCGGUCCGCCUGGGAAGAGACUACGCGUGCGCGGAUGGUGCCGUCGAGCCCACGGACUCUGGCGAUAACUGAAUAGAGAUAAAGUGUGGGAAACG